AUGCUCGCACAAGCCCAAUGGGUUGUAUUCCUCGUGCUGGCCAUGCUUCUUGCAGUCUGUCAUGCGCUGCCGACCCAGUUUGUCGAGGAGACGUCGAUCCAGAAGCGUUUCUCCACUGGCACCCACCGCAUCAAGUUUAUCAUCUACACGCUCGGCAUCGUUGCCCAAUGGGAUCUCACUGCUUCCAACCCGCCUACGAUUGAUGGUCCGGCCAAUCCGGUGAUUGUAGAUCACCACGUCGAUCCUUACGGCACACACUGGGUCGCGUGGAGUCUCAACGGCGUGAGCGGCCAGACAACGCUCGACAUGACGAUCGGAAUCGCUUUUGCAGUCGGACCAGGCUCGCGUCAGAGUGCAUACAGCUAUAAUAUCUGGGACAAGAGUACAUAUACGUACGGCGCAGGCGACCCGAUCCCGUUUGGUAACGAUGGCAAAGAUUUGACUCUGCUCGUCGAUGGCGUCGAUACAACUUACUGGCUCUACAACCAUGUGUAG